AUGCAACAGUUAUUCCACGAAAACUAUGAACACAACCGCAAGGGUUACAUUCAAGAUCUUCACAACAGCAAGAUUCACACCGCCAUAACACUUCAUCCAAACAAAAGACCGGCCUACCAAUACAGGCUGCACAACUACAUACUGAGUCGCAAAAUUUCUGAACUGCGCUAUCGGACCAUCCAGCUCCAUAGAGAAAGUGCCCUGAUGAGCAAGCUCAGUAACAGUGAAGUGAGUAAGGAAGAUCAGCAACUGGGAGUGCUGCCAUCUUUCAGUCAUUUCCAACCACAUGAAAGGGAUGAAGUCAUCGAGUGGGAGUUUCUGACAGGAAAAUUUCUUUACUCAAUGGUGGAGAACCAGCCACCCCGGCAGAGCCUGAGCAGCGUCCUGCGGGCUGCACUGGAUGACACUGUGAUGCAAGUCAUGGAAAUGAUAAAUGAGAACUCUAGAUCUAGAGGAAGGCUUAUUGAUUUCAAGGAAAUACAGUACGGCUACCGCAGGGUGGACCCUCUGCAUGGAGUGGAGUACAUCCUGGAUUUACUGCUUUUGUACAAAAGGCACAAAGGAAGGAAAGUUACUGUUCCUGUGAGACGCCACGCUUACCUUCAGCAAUUGUUUAGCAAGCCUUUCUUCAAAGAAGCAGAGGAGCUGGAUGUAAGAAGCCUUCUGGAGGGUACCAACACUGGCACUCAGUCUUUCUCUUUUCUUUCAAAUUCUUUAAAGAUUUUUUCUUCAUCAUUCCAAGGCACCAAAGACAUUGGGGGACGCAGUGACAAGAAAAUACAUAUUCUUGUCCCUCUCACAGGAAGAUUUGACAUUUUCUCAAGAUUUAUGGAUAACUUUGAGAAGACAUGUCUGAUUCCCAGGCAGAAUGUAAAGCUGGCAAUAAUUCUCUUCAGUGGUGAGUCGGGGCAAGACUCCAGCAAACACAUAGAGCUAAUGAAAGAAUACAGGAUUAAGUAUCCUAAGGCAGAUAUGACCCUAAUUCCCAUGGCAGGAAAGUUUUCUAGAGGUUUAGGUCUUGAAAUGGCCUCAUCUCAAUUUGACAACGGCACUUUGCUGCUCUUCUGUGAUGUUGAUCUGGUAUUCACACCAGACUUCCUCCAGCGAUGCAGAGAUAACACUAUUCAGGGAGAACAGGUUUACUACCCUAUCAUCUUUAGCCAAUAUGAUCCAAAAGUAAUAUAUGGAGGUAAAGGUCCAGCAGACAGUAGUUUUGUUUUUACAAAAAGAACUGGAUUUUGGAGGGAGUAUGGAUUUGGAAUUACCUGUAUUUACAAAAGUGAUCUACUUACUGCUGGUGGAUUUGAUACCUCAAUUCAAGGCUGGGGACUGGAGGAUGUAGACCUCUUUACUAAAGUGAUAACAUCUGGCUUGAAGGCUUUCAGAAGUCAAGAAGUAGGAGUCGUCCACAUUUUUCAUCCAGUUCAGUGUGACCCCAAUUUAGAUCCAAAACAGUACAAAAUGUGCUUAGGGUCCAAAGCAAGUACAUUUGCCUCUACCAUGCAGCUUGCUGAACUCUGGCUACAGAAACAUUUGGGUGUCAGGUACAAUCGAACUCUCUCCUGACGUCUCAGCCUAUUUGGCCUUCUUAGGGGAGUUUACCUCAUUAUUGUUAUUAUUAUUAUUUGUUUUUACUGUCUUAGUUUUAAACUCCCUCCUUGUUGUCUUCCAAAGACUGUUAACCUCAAAUGGGAUGAGUCUGCUGUUCACUGAUGUUUCUUAUACCUACUGAACUGGUGAGGUGAUCCUUAUGUUUCCUUUAUUUGAAAUUCAGUCAAGUCAUGGAAGUCACGUGAUCCAAUGGAGCAUAUCUGUCACAAGAGACUGCAUCAGAAGAAUGUUCUCUUUUGGCUUUGGGAUGCAGUAUCAUCUUUGUUUUUUUUUCUCAGAUUUGAUGUGAUACAAAUAUUUACUGGUGAAGGUACCACAAAAGUGCUUUAUGCUUCUUCUGGGGAUGGAACUCUAUAAGAUAAACUUGAGUUUUAUAAUUUAUAUGAGGACUUAUAUGUAUAAAUGCUACUUUUCUUCAUCAUUAGAAUUUUUAAAGUAAAUGAAUAACUAUGAUUGUACCUUUAUUUUUUAAAAAAGAGA